CAGGCACCGAGGCUAGUUAGGCAGCGACAAAUUGUUGAUUGUCCAAGGGGGUCCCCAAAUUCUCGACUACCCUCGAGCACAACGGCAGCCCUAAGAGCGUUACGCCAAGGUACAUUCCUAUACGCGGGGUGAACGUACGACCGUGUAUCCUUCCCCGUCUGUCGGGCUCCACCACUCUUCGUCUCGCACGUACUCCCGUUUCCUGGUGCUAAAAGAGGAGACGCGAUACGAGAUCUCAUCGACCUUACGCCCGCGGAGAAGCAUGCCGGUCCUCGAGGUCACCCAGCUACGUCUAAAGAGGCUUUCUGCGGACGACCCAGUAUUGCUUCACAGCCUAUCAGUCGUCCGAGGUAAACUGCACACCAACUCACAGUUCUACCAUUGCAUUGAGGACCCCACAUUGAUCUAUAUUUUGGGUACAUGGCCGAGCCUGGAAGCUCAUUUGGACUUCUUGGCCUCUCCAGCGCGGCACGAGAUUUUGGGCCCCCAAGAGAACAUGCUUCAGUUCUCUUGGACCAUUCAUAUUGAGCUAGACGGUAUGAGCUCGCUUCCACUGGAUGCGCCUGUUUUAGCCAUCGAGAUUUUGAGCGUCAAAGGAGAUUACAUCAACGCAUUCAAUCAGGCUGUCAUGAGGCACACACAACUUCUCCAAGGCAGCCAUCCGUUCAGGGUGGCACACGGUUGGCGAUGUGAUAUGGCUGCGGGAAGCCACGAGGCUCUCAUAUUUAGUGGGUGGGAGAAUGCGCAAGCACAUGUUACCUUCGCGGCACAGGAGGGUCACAGCGACUGCGACAAUGCAGCCAUCAACGGACAAUACGAGGAGAUACAAGUCCAUCAUGCUACCAACCUAGAAAGGGAAGAGGCGUAACGUCCAGACCGCGAAUUGGCGUCAGCAAGCUGCAUAGCCUUCGAAAAUCUUCCGUCAUUGGCUGCAACAUUGGAACAUCUGUAUAGCAAAUGUCUAUAGAUACCAAUGGUGUGAGUAUUUCUGAUUCUGUCAAUUCAAACAAAACCCAUG